GACUGGUAGUUCAGUUCACGGUGGGGAGUAGGAACACGGGAACUACAUUACCAAAGCUCCAGCGCUCCUCACCUACACAUCAAACACAACAUGGCACCUGCUGGCAGUGUUGUUGUGGUAGCUCUCUCACUUCUGUACUUAUCCCGUGCUAUAUUUUCCACGGAAUACCUAUCUACACUCACUUUCUUCAAUAGCGAACUGCACAAACAUGGUUGCAGCUCUCCGUCAGAGUGGGAGGAAUACACAACGGAUUGCGAGUCCUUUAUUCUACAGUUGGAGGACCCAGACUGUGAGGAAGGAAGCAACCCACCAUGCGAGUCUGUCUUCUCUCUCAACGCAGAGAAAAUCCUGAGACAAGCCAAGUUGUUCAUAGAGCAGAAGCGAUUCCCUUUUGCAGUGGACAACCACAACACAAAUGAGGAGCUUGCUAUAGGAUAUGUUCUUAUUGGCAAUGGCCUGUACGAUGAAGCCAUCAAACACUUCUCCUUGUUACUACAGGGGGAUCCAGAGGUCGUCAGUGCCAUCUACGGGAGAGGGAUAGCAUACGGGAAAAAGAGUCUGCAGGACAUCAAGAAUGCAGACUUAGCGCUGUUCGAGUUGAGCCGAGUCAUCACUCUGGAGCCCAACCGCCCUGAGGUAUACGAACAGCGGGCAGAGAUCCUUUCUCCGCUUGGGAGGAUCAGUGAGGCUCUGAGUGAUCUCUCCAGAGCCAUCCAGCUCCAGCCCUCCGCUCGCCUCUACAGACACAGAGGAACUCUGCUCUUUAUCGCCGAGGAUUAUGUGGCAGCUAUGGAGGAUUUUCAACAGUCUUUGGAUCUGAAGAAAAAUCAGCCCAUUGCCAUGCUAUACAAAGGUCUAACAUUCUUCCACAGAGGAAUGCUAAAGGAAGCCAUCGAAACAUUCAAGGAGGCCCUGAAAUUAAAAUCUGACUUCAUAGAUGCGUACAAAAGUCUCGGACAGGCCUACAGGGAGCUUGGAGACUUUGAGGCAGCUAUGGAGAGCUUCCAGAAAGCCCUGAUGCUCAACCAGAACCACAUCCAGUCUCUGCAGCUGAGAGGCAUGAUGCUGUACCACCAUGGCAGUCUCCAGGAGGCAGUCGGCAACUUCAAGAGGUGUCUACAGUUGGAGCCCUACAACGAGGUAUGUCAGUACAUGAAGGGUCUGAGCCACGUGUCCAUGGGGCAGUUCUAUGAAGGCAUCAAGGCUCAGACUAAAGUCAUGUUGAAUGACCCUCUGCUGGGCCAGAAGGCAAGCUCGGAAUAUCUCAAAGUGAAAUACCUCCGAGAAUACUCUCGCUACUUGCACUCACAUCUCGACAAACCUGUGGCAGAAUACAAUGUUGAUCAGGAUCUUCCAGGGAACUUCAAAAACCACUGGGCAAAACACCUUCCUUUCCUUAUAGAGGACUAUGAGGAGCAGCCAGGACUGCAACCUCAUAUUAAGGAUGUUCUACCUCAGAACUUUGAAAGCUACAACAUUGAAGUUCAGAAGCUCAUUUGCGCUGCUGAUCACCUUGGUGCCCUUAUGCAAUACGACACACCGGGAUUUCUUCCCAGUCGCAGAAUACACAGAGCCAUGGGCCUAGCGACCCUGGAGGUCAUGCAGGCUAUGCAGCGCACCUGGAGCAAUUCAAAGGUGCGAGUCAACGGCAAAACCAGGCAGAUGCAAUGGAGAGACAUGUUCGAUAUUGCCGUCAAAUGGAGGAGGAUCGCUGAUCCAGACCAGCCUGUUCUGUGGCUGGACCAGAUGCCUGCCAGAAGUCUCAGCCGAGGGUUCAAUAACCAUAUCAACCUCAUCAGAGGACAAAUCAUCAACAUAAGAUACUUGGCCUACUUUGACAACAUACUCAAUUUCAUCAAAGACAGAAUAUUGGUUUACCACAGGGCAUACAACCCAAGAGGCCUACUGGAAGUCAGACAAGCACUGGAAAAUGUGAACACGGUGGAAGACCUUCUCCCCAUAAUGAAGUUUAACAGUAAAACGAGAGAUGGCUUCACAGUUAACUCGAAGGUGCCCAGUCUAAAAGACCCUGGCAAAGAAUAUGACGGCUUCACAAUCACCAUAACAGGAGACAGAGUGGGCAACAUGCUGUUCUCAGUGGAGACCCAGACCACAGAGGAACGCACUCAGCAGUACCAGUCUGAGAUUGAGUCCAUCUAUAAAGACCUGACUGCCAAGGGCAAGGCUCUCAUGCUGUCCACUGAACUUGGGGAUGCAGAUGCAGUGUGUAAUUUAAUUCUCUCCCUGGUUUACUACUUCUGUAAUCUCAUGCCCCUCUCCAGAGGGUCUAGUGUUGUGGCAUACUCUGUUGUCAUGGGAGCACUGAUGGCCAGUGGAAAGGAGGUGAUAGGCAGAAUCCCCAAAGGGAAGUUGGUUGAUUUUGAAGCCAUGACAACACACAGUUCUGACAGCUUUAGUAAAACAGCAAAAAACUGGAUGAAUUUAAAGAGCCUACCAGUGUGGUACCAGAGUCUUCCGUCAGUAGCAGGAACCUUCCCAACGACUAGAACCAUGAUUGAGGUCCUCAACACGGACUCCACAUCGCACUGUCCAAAGAAGUCCUAACACCACUUCUUCUGAUGAGAACAAGGGCCUGUCUGUCUGCUCAUAGUCUCUGGCCAAGCUCAACCCCCAAAGCACAAUGUCUGUCUAAAAAUGAUUCAGAGCAAUUACAUGUUGUUCAGGUAUGGCCCUAUGUAUGCAAUACCAGCAAAACCCUAGUGUCUAGUAUGUAAAAGCUACGAAAUGUAACUAAUGACAUUAAUUUGAAUGAUAGGUAAUCUCUCGAUUGUGAUCGUCACAAUUCUGUUUUUAACAACCCUCACAGCUAUUCAGUCUAAGCAGAGAAAGUGUGGGAUGAGAUUCUAAGAUGUAAACUUAACUUCAGGGCUAUGCAGUUCCACUUGGGAUACUUGAACAUUUAGAAAAGUGAAGCAAUCCUUUUAUUUAGUCUUGUUGAUAUUGGACAGUGUUGCUCUGUGCCAUUGCCAUUUUCUGGAAUUGUUUUUAUCUUGACCCAAAAAGGGCACGAGGAAGGGUUGGUUUCAGGUUGUGUCCAACUUGUUUUGGGAAAAGAACACAUUGUGCCAUGAUAUCAUUCCUCUGGGUUUAUUUUGAGACCUAUGUGAUUUUCAUUGUUGCUUUUCUUUUUUUUGUCAAAUGUUUGAAUAAUUUGACCAUGGUCUUACAGACACAACAUUAGAACAAACAUUCAGGGAUUCAUUUUGGGGAUUUUGUUCAAUUGCUCUAAAGAACCUCAUGUCAGGACAAGCUUUGGUUUUCAGUUUAUGUUCCCCACUUACCCUUUUACUGUUAAUGACAGGAUAGAAUAUGCAUUGCCUGCAUGGGUCCUUAUUGAAUGAGCUCCAGAGGAUCACAACAACAACAGGGAUCACUGCUUCAUUGUCUUUUUUUGGCAGAACUACUUUUUAAUAAUAUUUCCAUAUCAACGAUUGUGCUGAAUUGCUGGGAUUUUUUUAAAUUUUAUUUUAGCACUGGGUGAAUUAGCUAUGUUUAUUAAAGCUCAAAUGUGGAUUUUUAAGUGAGCAAUAUGUCCCAUCUUGAAGGAAUGAAAUCUGGAGAUUUUGGGGAAUUGGUAUGUUCAAUACAAUUGGUUGACAAAUGA